AUGGUAACGGCUCUAUUCCAGGAGGGAACUCAAAACUGGGAUGUGGAAAAGGUAGAGCGACUACUACCGGAGCUGGGAAAAUCAAUCAUGAGUAUAAAAACAAGCAGACAAGGAGGCCCAGACCAAAGAAUAUGGCUCAGGACUCCAGCAGGUGAGUAUACAGCCAAAACAGGGUAUGUAGCAGCUCUAGAAAGAAGAGCGUCGAAUCCAACAACACAAAGAGAGAUGGGCGUUAACAGUAGAUGGAUCGAGGACAUUUGGAAACUGAAUAUCCCACCAAAGAUAAAGCUCCUGUUAUGGAAGGCUUCUCAUAAUGCCCUCCCUGUAAGUGAAAGACUUGCGGUUAGACAGAUCAUCCCAAACCCGAAAUGUAUCAACUGCGAGGAAGCGGAAACUGUGAUUCACAUGGUCUUCCUCUGCCCAACAGCAAGGGAGGUUUGGAGAAAUUUUCAGAGUAAGGUGGAAAUAAACCUUGAUAAUGUGACAAAUUUUGCGGAGGGAUGGAGACGUGUUAAGCGCACUAUCUGCCUCCCUCCCACCGGAGUUCUCUCUGAAAAUUUGGCAGCUUGGACGGUCUGGAGCAUCUGGCUAGCAAGGAAUCAACGCAUAUUCAGAGAGGAAAAUACAUGUUCCCAUGAAGUGAUGAAUAGAGCUAUUCGUUUGGCGAGAGAGUGGCACCAAGCUCAACCGUUAGCGGAACAAGGUGUAAAAAGGAACAGUUCUGGUUGGGAAGGACCAAGAAACGAGAUUAUCUGUAGGUCAGAUGCGGCGUGGAGCAGGGAAGGGCACCAGGCGGGUGUGGCGUGGGAGUUUGUAGGCAUUGGGAAGGAACACCUCUGUUCAGGGUCCCAAACUUUUGCAAAUGUUAAAUCACCCCUUGUGGCAGAGGGGUUGGCGUUACUGGCAGUGAUGGAGGCAGCGAUUUCGUUGGAUUUCAAACAAAUCACUUUCGAGUCUGAUUCAAGUAAACUGAUGACGGCAAUCAAGGAUGGCUCAAAUGUUUCAGAUUUGCACGGAAUCCUCAGCGACAUCAACUGUCUAUCUUUAGCUUUCGUUUCAGUUUCCUUUUAUUGGGUCAGUAGAUCCUUGGUUUCUAACGUGGAUGGCAUAGCCAAACAGGUGUUAAGAAACCUUGUAAUGAACCCAGUUUAA